UUCGCCCUCCCUCUUCCUAAUAAGCUGUUUUCUGAUACAUGUUGGGUACCAUAGAGUGAGAGGGAACAGGAAGCGGAGGCAGAAUCAGAGAGGAUUCUGGAAAGGUCUCUGUGUUUUCUUUUCCACUGAGAAUACAGAAAUUAUGAUUAAUUAGUAAAGCUUUGUGGAUGGAAAUUUGUACAAUUUCAGGAGGAGAUACAUAUUACCACGUUAUUUUUGGAUGCUGGGCUUUGCAGUGAUUUGUCAUUCUUCCUCAAUCAGGUUGGAAAAAUGUGGCUAUAUGGAUAUGUAAAUUUAUCUUUGCCUACUGCAAUUGAUUUUGAGAAGCUCUGGACAUGGGAAUAAAAAAAAAAUAUCAGAGUUCUGGAAAACUUCAGUCUCAAAGAAGCUUCAGCUCCCAAAGAGAAACUUUUCUUAACAAUUCCAUUUUCUGCUAGAAAUGCAGCUUUUUGUUUUGUUUUGUUUUCAUGAUAGCAAAAGAUCCAGUGGCUAAAUUCUGAGAUCUGCUUUAUCUUUGAGUAACAAAGGUCAUUCUUAUGCAAGAGGCUAAAAGGAAUUAAAUUUGCAGGAUGAAAACAUGGCACAGGCACUGCUGGUACCACCAGGACCUGAAAGCUUCCGCUAUUUUACUAGAGAUUCUCUCGCAGCUAUUGAAAAACGUUCUGCAGAAGAAAAAGCUAAAAAGCCCAAGCAAGAACACACUGAUGAUGAUGAUGAAAAUGGUCCAAAACCAAACAGUGACUUGGAGGCAGGAAAGACACUGCCAUUUAUUUACGGUGACAUACCUCCAGGAAUGGUUUCUGAACCUUUGGAAGACCUGGACCCAUAUUAUAUCAAUAAAAAAACUUUCAUAGUAUUGAAUAAGGGAAAGGCAAUUUUCCGAUUCAGUGCCACAUCUGCCUUGUAUAUUUUAACUCCUUUUAAUCCCAUCAGAAAAAUUGCUAUCAAGAUUUUGGUACAUUCAUUAUUCAGCAUGCUUAUCAUGUGCACUAUUUUGACCAACUGUGUAUUUAUGACCAUGAGUAACCCUCCUGACUGGACAAAGAAUGUAGAGUACACUUUCACUGGAAUUUAUACCUUUGAAUCACUGAUAAAAAUUCUUGCAAGGGGCUUCUGCUUAGAAGGUUUUACUUUUCUGCGAGACCCAUGGAACUGGCUUGACUUCAGUGUCAUUCUAAUGGCAUAUGUGACAGAGUUUGUGGACCUGGGCAAUGUCUCAGCGUUGAGAACAUUCAGAGUUCUCCGAGCUUUGAAAACAAUAUCAGUCAUUCCAGGCCUAAAGACUAUUGUGGGAGCCCUAAUUCAGUCCGUGAAGAAGCUCUCGGAUGUUAUGAUCCUGACUGUCUUUUGUCUGAGUGUAUUUGCACUAAUAGGGCUGCAGCUGUUCAUGGGCAACUUGAGGAAUAAAUGUCUGCAGUGGCCUCCAGACAAUUCUACUUUUGAAAUAAAUGUUAUUUCCUACUUUAAUAGCACAAUGGAUGAAAAUGGUACAUUUAUUAAUACAACUGUGAGCACAUUUAACUGGAAGGAUUACAUUGAGGAUGAAACUCAUUUCUACAUUUUGGAAGGACAAAGAGAUGCCCUACUUUGUGGUAAUAGCUCUGAUGCAGGGCAGUGUCCAGAGGGAUAUAUAUGUGUGAAAGCUGGUAGAAAUCCCAACUAUGGUUACACAAGUUUUGACACUUUCAGUUGGGCUUUUUUGUCACUCUUUCGGCUAAUGACUCAGGACUUCUGGGAAAACCUGUAUCAACUGACACUACGUGCUGCUGGGAAAACAUACAUGAUAUUUUUUGUUCUGGUGAUUUUUCUGGGCUCAUUCUAUCUGAUCAACUUGAUCCUGGCUGUGGUUGCCAUGGCCUAUGAGGAGCAGAACCAAGCAACUAUGGAAGAAGCAGAGCAGAAAGAGGCAGAAUUUCAACAAAUGCUGGAACAGCUAAAGAAGCAGCAAGAAGAAGCACAGGCUACAGCAGCAGUGGCAGCAGCAUCAGUUGCAUCAAGGGAUUUCAGUGGGGUAGGGGGAUUAGGAGAACUCUUGGAAAGUUCUUCAGAAGCAUCAAAGUUGAGCUCAAAGAGUGCUAAAGAAAGAAGAAACAGAAGGAAGAGAAGAAGACAAAAAGAAAUGUCUGAAGCAGAGGACAAGGGAGAUAUUGACAAGUUUCCCAAGUCUGAGUCAGAAGAUAGUAUCAGAAGAAAAAGUUUCCGCUUCUCCACAGAAGGAAGUCAACUGACAUAUGAAAAAAGGUUCACAUCUCCCCAUCAGUCUUUGCUAAGCAUCCGUGGUUCCCUGUUCUCACCAAGGCGCAACAGCAAAACAAGCAUUUUCAGUUUCAGAGGUCGCACAAGGGAUAUAGGAUCUGAAAAUGACUUUGCUGAUGAUGAGCACAGCACUCUUGAGGACAACGAAAGCAGAAGAGACUCUCUCUUUGUUCCCAAUCAACAUGGAGAAAGGCGUAACAGUAACAUCAGUCAGGCCAGUAUGUCAUCCAGAAUGGUGCCAGCCCUUCCGGCCAAUGGGAAGAUGCACAGCGCUGUAGAUUGCAAUGGAGUAGUCUCCUUAGUUGGAGGACCUUCAACUCUAACUUCACCUACUGGACAGCUUCUACCAGAGGGCACCACUACUGAAACAGAAAUAAGAAAAAGAAGACUGAGUUCUUAUCAGAUUUCCAUGGAAAUGCUGGAAGAUUCUGCUGCAAGACAAAGAGCAAUGAGUAUAGCCAGCAUACUUACAAACACAAUGGAAGAGCUUGAAGAAUCCAGACAGAAAUGUCCCCCAUGCUGGUACAGAUUUGCAAAUACUUUCUUGAUCUGGGAUUGCUGGAGUCCAUGGUUAAAAGUAAAACACGUUGUCAAUUUAGUAGUGAUGGAUCCAUUUGUUGAUCUUGCUAUAACUAUUUGCAUUGUUUUGAACACCUUGUUUAUGGCCAUGGAACAUUACCCAAUGACAGAACAAUUUAGCAGUGUCCUUUCUGUGGGAAACCUGGUAUUCACUGGGAUAUUCACAGCAGAAAUGGUACUAAAGAUAAUUGCUAUGGACCCUUAUUAUUAUUUCCAAGAAGGCUGGAAUAUUUUUGAUGGUAUUAUCGUUAGCCUUAGUUUAAUGGAGCUUGGUCUCGCAAAUGUUGAAGGAUUAUCAGUUCUUCGGUCAUUCAGAUUGCUUCGAGUUUUCAAGUUGGCAAAAUCUUGGCCAACUCUAAAUAUGCUGAUUAAGAUUAUUGGCAACUCAGUGGGGGCUUUGGGCAAUUUGACCCUGGUGCUGGCCAUCAUUGUGUUCAUUUUUGCUGUGGUUGGGAUGCAGCUGUUUGGGAAAAGCUACAAGGAAUGUGUCUGCAAGAUCUCCAGUGACUGUGUGCUUCCACGCUGGCACAUGCAUGACUUUUUCCACUCUUUCUUGAUUGUAUUCCGAGUGCUGUGUGGAGAAUGGAUAGAAACGAUGUGGGACUGCAUGGAGGUUGCAGGCCAAACCAUGUGCCUUAUUGUUUUCAUGCUGGUCAUGGUGAUUGGAAACCUAGUGGUUCUGAACCUGUUUCUGGCCUUGCUGCUGAGCUCGUUUAGCUCAGACAACCUUGCUGCUACAGAUGAUGAUAAUGAAAUGAACAAUCUCCAGAUCGCUGUGGCAAGAAUUCAGAAGGGAAUAGAUUAUAUUAAAAAAAAGAUACAGGAAUUCAUACAAAAAGCCUUCGUUAGAAAACAGAAAGCUUUAGAAGAAAUCAAAGCACUUGAAGAGCUAAACAACAAGAAAGACAGCUGCAUUUCCAAUCAUACUGCUGUUGAAAUAAGCAAAGAUAUGAAUUAUCUUAAAGAUGGCAAUGGAACUACCAGUGGUGUAGGCACAGGCAGCAGUGUGGAAAAAUAUGUUGUUGAUGAAAGUGAUUACAUGUCCUUCAUAAACAAUCCAGGCCUCACUGUGACAGUACCAAUUGCUGUUGGAGAAUCUGACUUUGAAAAUUUAAAUACAGAAGAAUUUAGCAGUGAAUCUGAUAUGGAAGAAAGCAAACAGAAACUAAAUGCAUCCAGUUCAUCUGAAGGCAGCACAGUUGAUAUUGCCCCUCCUGGAGAGGGAGAGCAAGCAGAAAUUGAACCUGAAGAAGCUCUUGAACCAGAAGCCUGUUUUACAGAAGGUUGUGUGCAGAAAUUUCCAUGUUGCCAAGUAAGUAUAGAGGAUGGCAAAGGAAAAAUCUGGUGGAAUCUUAGAAAAACCUGCUACAGCAUAGUUGAGCACAACUGGUUUGAGACUUUCAUUGUCUUCAUGAUUCUCCUCAGCAGUGGAGCACUGGCUUUUGAAGAUAUAUAUAUUGAACAGCGCAAAACUAUCAAGACCAUGCUGGAAUAUGCUGACAAAGUCUUCACUUACAUCUUCAUUCUGGAAAUGCUGCUGAAGUGGGUGGCCUAUGGCUAUCAAACAUACUUUACUAAUGCCUGGUGCUGGCUGGACUUUCUGAUUGUUGAUGUCUCUUUGGUUAGCUUAACAGCAAAUGCAUUGGGUUACUCUGAACUUGGUGCCAUUAAGUCCCUUAGGACACUAAGAGCUUUGAGACCUCUAAGAGCCUUGUCACGAUUUGAAGGCAUGAGGGUGGUUGUGAAUGCCCUUUUAGGAGCAAUUCCAUCCAUCAUGAACGUGCUUCUCGUUUGUCUUAUAUUCUGGCUAAUUUUCAGCAUCAUGGGAGUAAAUCUGUUUGCUGGGAAGUUCUACUACUGUGUUAACACCACAACUGAUGAAAGGUUUGAAGUCGACCAAAUCAACAAUUUUAGUCAGUGCGAGGAACUCAUAAAAAACAAUCAAAGUGCCCGAUGGAAAAACGUGAAAGUAAACUUUGAUAAUGUAGGAUUUGGGUAUCUUUCUUUGCUUCAAGUAGCUACAUUUAAAGGCUGGAUGGAUAUUAUGUAUGCAGCUAUUGACUCGAGAGAGGUGUUACAGCAACCCAAGUAUGAAGACAAUUUGUACAUGUAUUUAUAUUUUGUUAUCUUUAUCAUUUUUGGGUCUUUUUUCACCCUGAAUCUGUUCAUUGGUGUCAUCAUUGAUAACUUCAAUCAGCAGAAAAAGAAGUUUGGAGGUCAAGACAUAUUUAUGACAGAAGAGCAGAAGAAAUACUACAAUGCAAUGAAAAAAUUGGGAUCCAAAAAACCACAAAAGCCUAUACCAAGACCAGGGAACAAGUUUCAAGGCAUGGUCUUUGAUUUUGUGACACAGCAAGUAUUCGACAUUAGCAUCAUGAUUCUUAUUUGUCUUAACAUGGUCACCAUGAUGGUAGAAACUGAUGACCAAAGUAAAGAAAUGGAAAAUAUUUUAUACUGGAUAAACUUGGUGUUCAUUGUCCUUUUCACUGGAGAAUGUGUCCUGAAAUUAAUUUCACUCCGCCAUUAUUAUUUCACUAUAGGCUGGAAUAUUUUUGAUUUUGUCGUUGUCAUUCUCUCAAUAGUAGGUAUGUUCUUAGCUGAGAUGAUUGAGAAAUAUUUUGUGUCCCCUACUUUGUUCCGAGUCAUCCGACUUGCCAGAAUAGGUCGCAUCCUGCGUCUCAUUAAAGGCGCAAAGGGAAUCCGCACUCUGCUUUUUGCUCUGAUGAUGUCUCUUCCUGCUUUGUUCAACAUUGGCCUGCUGCUCUUCUUGGUCAUGUUUAUCUAUGCGAUAUUUGGCAUGUCCAACUUUGCCUACGUCAAGAGGGAAGCUGGAAUUGAUGACAUGUUCAACUUUGAAACAUUUGGCAACAGCAUGAUCUGCCUAUUUCAAAUUACCACAUCUGCUGGCUGGGAUGGCUUGUUAGCCCCAAUUCUUAACAGUGGGGAGCCGGACUGUGACCCUAACAAAGCUCACCCAGGGAGCUCUGUUAAAGGUGACUGUGGCAACCCUUCGGUUGGGAUUUUCUUCUUUGUCAGCUACAUCAUCAUAUCUUUUCUGGUGGUGGUGAACAUGUACAUUGCUGUCAUUCUGGAGAAUUUCGGUGUUGCUACUGAAGAAAGCGCUGAGCCCUUGAGCGAGGAUGACUUUGAGAUGUUCUAUGAAGUCUGGGAGAAGUUCGAUCCAGAUGCAACGCAAUUCAUGGAAUUUGAGAAAUUGUCUGAUUUUGCAGCAGCUCUUGAGCCUCCUCUUCACCUUCCCAAACCAAACAAAGUCCAGCUGAUUGCAAUGGAUCUGCCCAUGGUAAGCGGUGACAGAAUUCACUGCCUUGACAUCUUGUUUGCUUUCACAAAGCGUGUGCUAGGAGAAAGUGGGGAGAUGGAUGCUCUCAGAAUACAGAUGGAAGACCGAUUUAUGGCAUCAAACCCUUCUAAAGCUUCCUAUGAACCAAUUACAACAACGUUAAAAAGAAAACAAGAAGAAGUAUCUGCUGUCAUUAUUCAACGUGCUUUUAGACGCCACCUAUUAAAACGAACAGUAAAACAAGCCUCCUUUAUCUAUAACAAAAACAAAACUGAAGGAGGGGCUGGUCUGGGCAUUAAAGAUGAAAUCCUUAUGGACAAGUUAAAUGAAAACUCAUUUACAGAGAAGACUGAUAUAACUGCAUCAACAGCAGUUUGUCCACCUUCUUAUGAUCGUGUAACAAGGGCAGUCAAAGAAAAGCACGAAAAGGAAGACAAAGAUGUUCAGAAAUAAAUAGCAAGCAAAAUCAUCUAUGUGCAAAGUAGUUCAUAGCCUGCAAAGGUCAUGUGUUUGUGUCAACAGGACUCCUGCUGGAGGUCUAUGCCAAACUGACAAUUUUUACAAACAUACUAUACGUUAAAGGUCAGUGCCUAUUAAAAGACAGCGACCCCUCGUCAGUAACUGUGACUGUGACAUGGGGAAACAACCUUGACAGGAUUUAACUGUUCUCACUACCAGCUGACACUGCUGAAAAGGAGAGAAAAAAUGGCUACUCAGGCUGUAGGGACCAGCUAAGGAGUGCAAACCAAGUUCUAGUUGUGUGUUUAGCGUGAAACAAUACAAUAACUCUAUCCACUGUUUGCAUUUCAACUGCCACAUACAUCAUAUUUUUACAGAUCUGUGUUGGUGGAUUUAUCUUUUUUUUAUUCAUAUGUUGUUUGUUACAUGUAACUAUUUUUGUAAAUGGGUCUUCUGUUGGGAAAGGGGGUCAAGCACUACUUUACAGGUAUAAGAGCCAGGUGUUCUACUAUGCGACUAAUAUACACACAGAAAUGAUUUGCAUGAAGGCAUGCUGCACUUAUAGACCAUGCAUGAAAAUAACAUUAAGUCACAAAGAACAACUGAUUUUAGCUCAGUGUUUCUGGAAAGGAAUAAUAAAUUCUGAGGUGCUUAAUUAAUGUAUUCAUGUUGUAUCGCGUCCGAACCAGUACUGGUAUGCCUGUAAAGUCCCCUGUAACUCACAAAAACAGUAAAAGCAGAUGUUUGUUUGUUUGUUUAUUUAUUUAUUUAUUUAUUUAGCACAGACCAUUAAGUUUCAGAAAGUAUAGAUUUCUUUCUGGGUCUGGAGUCACAGAUUCUGUCUUUGUCAAAUGUCUUUCUGCAUAAAAACACUAAAUGAACCUGCCCAAACUGCCAAAUUGAUCAGAAAGAGCCCUUAAUAAUGUUGUUCUGCUUUAUCCUGCAGUAUUGUUUAGCCAUCUUCAGCUCUUGGUAAGGUUGAUGUUGUAUGUUAAUGAAAAGCCCUCUGCUAUGUAAAUAGUAAUUUUUAACCUGUGGUGCAUGUUUGAGCAAACAGAUAAUGACCUGAGCACAUUUAUUGCAUCAAAUAUGUACCACAAUAAGUGUAAUGUGCAAGCUUUCAACAGGUAAAAUUAUGUAUUAUCUACCAUUAUAGAUAGUUUGGAUGCUACCAAUGCAUGUUUAUAUUGCCUAUGCUGCUGUUCCUUUGACUGUCCAGGAUUCUUAAAAAUGGGAAGCCAUACAUCAGAGCUAAAUGAAGUAAACUAUUCAACAAGACCUCAUACCUCCAUACCAUUAAGCAAUAUUUUGCAGCUAUUUAGGAGCUUAUUUUAUUUACAUUUUUGAAUUUUCAGUGAAAAGCAUAUAGUGUAUAUCCAAACUGUACAGAUGUUGAAAACUACUAGACCUGUUGAAAAUAAUGUUAGAAUUUUAUAAGCAAAUAUAAAUACUGUAAAAAUCAUUUUAUUUUCUUUUUCAGCAUUAUGUACAUACAACAAGAACUGAAUUUUAUCUUCAGGUUGACUCCACACCAUUUCUUUUUACUUUCUGUCUGCAACACUUUUUCACAGAAGUACUCCAGAGAACAUGCUAUGACUAAAAGAACAGAUAGCUGUAGGUCUUAUUUUUUUACUAUAUUUGCAAACAUGUCAAUUCUUUAUGCAAAAUAAGUUCAUAAUUUGCUUCUAAAACUCUAGUUAUUUGUUGUUUUUUUUUUUUGAAGUUGGAAAAAGAUGUAAAGUGUUAAUUGAAUGUUUAAGCAGUGCCUGUGUAACAAAUUUUCAAAUACACUCUUCCUUUUGCAGAAUCCUUAGUUUUUUUCUCAUGUUUACAUACUUUUUAAAAAAAAAUUAUUUAUAGUGCAGUUCUAAAUGUUAUCAUGGGUCCACGAUAUUUUUUUCACAGAGAGAAAGUAGCAGAACCAUAUAAUCAAACACAUCAGGACAUUUUAUGUUCCUUACACAGGAAAAUUAAAUAUAGAUUACUUUUAUUAAAAUUAUUGGCAAAUACUAUAUUAGUGAACUGCAUGCAGGAAAAUGCUACUAUUACCCUAAGUGAAGCUAAAUAACAUUAUUAAUGUGCCGAAAUAAUAAAGAUUACAUUUUUUAUU